AUGCAGUCAGGAAUUACAGUCUCCGCAGAGCUGCACGUCGCAUUCACCCGCUUCAACUCCGACACCCUCAACCUUCUGUCUGCCGCCUCCCCCCAGCUGCCCUCCGUCCUCCAGCCUAAAACCCCCAUCUACCUCCUCCUCCGGCGCCCAUCGGAUACCUCACCCGCCGCACUCAUCGCUUUGACCUACAUCCCGUCCAAUGCGCCCGUGCGAGCAAAGACACUCUUUGCCUCGACUCGUUCCGUCACUGACCGCGAGCUGGGCACCGAGAAGUUCGCUUCUACCGUCUUUUGCUACUGA